AUGAGCUCUAUGAUCUCCACGAUUCAACAGAGCAGAGAGAGAAAGAGAAGGCUAGACGACAAUUCCUCUCUCUCUCUCUCUCUCUCUCUCUCUCUCUGAGUUAUUGCGAAGGCUCAACAUCGUCAGUCUCAGGGAGGAGCGAGAAUACAGAACAUAUUCUUGAAGUUAAGAUGCCAUUUACAAGGAAAAUUUCUCAAUGGCAUGAACUCUACGAUCUCCAUGAUUCAACAAAGCAGAGAGAGAAAGCGAAGGCCAGACGAUAACUCCUCUUUCUCUCUCUCUCUCUCUCUCUCUCUCUCUCUCUCUCUCUCUCCCGCUGAGUUAUUGCGAAGACCUAACAUCGUCAAUCUCAAGAGGAGUGAGAAAGAUCCAAACUUCCGGCAGGAAUAGUCCUUUUUGAAGGAGAUACAAGAGAUCGGAGGAGGAGACGGCUACCGACCGAAGUAGGUGUGGAUUUCGAGGGCGAUGAGGAAGAGGGCGACGAGGCUGAAGAAGAUGACGGAGUGGAUGAUGAUGGCGGCACCGCUGGUCUGAAAGCUCCCAAACUCCACGCACCGCUCGUGCCCCGGCAGCUGGAACAGCAGCCCCGGCGUCAGCAGGAUGAACAGCACCACCGACACAAACACCGGCGCCCAGUCCUCCAUCCCUCUCCCUCCCUUUAUCUCUCUCUCUCUCCUCUCUCUCUUCCCUCUCUGUCUCUCUCUCUGAGGCUUUAUGGCCUGCCUGUGCUCAGACCCAGUGAAGAGGACGCAGUGUGCAGGGCUCUUAAAUGA